AUGGUGUUCGAUAAGAAGCAUUUGCUGUUGCUGCUGGACCGACCCCGGGAACCGGUGUUCAUGGGCAAGGGCCGGGUAGUGUUCGAUGUACCGGACAACUAUCUUACCGAUCGGUACCGACCGAUUGGGCCCGAAAUUCAAAACCGAUUCGGCGAGAAUGCGGAAGAGCGGGUAACGGUGCGCAGCAUCGCCCUGCCCGAUCUUCGCAUACCCAUGUCGCUCGGUCGCCAGGAACAGUUUUCGCUCUUUAUUCCACGCCAUCGAAAAAUAGCCGCACGCUUGAUUGACAUCUUCAUGGGUAUGCGUAACGUGGAGGAUCUACAAAGUUGCGCAGUAUUCGCGCGCGAUCGUAUCAAUCCGUACCUGUUCAACUAUGCGCUAUCGGUAGCGUUGCUACAUCGCAAGGACACUCACGAUCUCGAUCUGCCAACCAUCAUUGAGGUGUUUCCGGACAAGUACGUCGAUUCGAAGGUGUUUUCCCAGAUCCGCGAGGAGGCAACGGUUGUGCCGGAGGGUAUGCGGAUGCCGAUCGUUAUCCCGAAGGACUACACAGCGUCCGAUCUGGACGAGGAACACCGGCUGUGGUAUUUCCGCGAGGAUAUUGGCGUGAAUCUGCACCACUGGCACUGGCAUCUGGUGUAUCCGUUUGAUGCUUCCAACCGUGCGAUCGUGGACAAGGACCGUCGGGGUGAACUGUUUUACUACAUGCACCAGCAACUGGUGGCACGGUAUAACUUCGAGCGGUUCAGCAACCGGUUGCAGCGCGUCAAGCGGCUGAACAACUUGCGCGAGCCGAUUAGUGAAGGUUAUUUUCCGAAGCUGGACUCACUCGUAGCUAGCAGAGCUUGGCCGGGACGUGUCGAUUCGAGUGUGCUGAAGGACCUGAACCGUGAAGCCGACCAGAUCAAGCAGGAUGUGGCCGACCUGGAGCGCUGGAUUGAUCGUAUCUACGAAGCGAUUCAUCAAGGAUUCGUUGUUGAUGAAUCCGGUAACCGCAUCCCGCUGGACGAGCAGAAAGGGAUCGACCAUCUCGGUAAUAUCAUCGAGUCAUCCACCCUGUCGCCAAACAGGCAGCUGUACGGCGAUAUGCACAACAUGGGGCACGUCUUCAUCUCGUACGCUCACGACCCGGACCAUCGGCAUCUCGAGUCGUUUGGCGUGAUGGGCGAUGUGGCGACGGCGAUGCGUGAUCCGGUGUUUUACCGCUGGCACUCGUACAUCGACGACAUCUUCCAGGAGCACAAGAACAAGCUAACACCGUACACCCGGUCGCAGCUCACCUUCGACGGAAUUUCCAUCACCGGCAUCACGGUGCAGCCGGAGGACGGUCAACCGAACACGUUCCAGACGUUCUGGCAGCAGUCCGAUGUGGAUCUGUCGCGCGGCAUGGACUUUGUGCCGAGAGGCAAUGUCUUCGCUAGGUUCACCCAUCUGCAACACUCUCCGUUCGUGACGACCAUCAUGAUCGAGAAUGAUUCGGACGCCCAGCGCAUGGCUUUUGUGCGCGUUUUCGUGGCGCCGAAAAACGACGAACGCGGCACACCGAUGGUGUUCCGCGACCAGCGCCUGUUUAUGGUGGAGCUGGACAAAUUUCUGGUUGCCUUGCGACCUGGUUCAAAUCGCAUUCGGCGGCGGUCGAAGGAGUCCACCGUUACCAUUCCGUUCGAGCGCACGUUCCGCAACCUGGACCAAAACCGGCCCGAACCGGAUACGCCCCAGGAGGCUGAGUUUAACUUUUGCGGCUGUGGAUGGCCGGCGCACAUGCUCAUACCGAAGGGUCUGCCCGAAGGACUGCCGGCGGAUCUCUUCAUCAUGGUGUCGAACUACGAGGAGGAUCGUGUUGUGCAGGAUCUGGUCGGGACGUGUAACGAUGCGGCAUCGUACUGUGGUGUACGCGAUCGGCUGUAUCCGGAUCGGAAGGCGAUGGGCUAUCCGUUCGAUAGGGCGGCCCGUAGCGGGGUGGACAGUUUGGCUAACUUCCUGACGCCCAACAUGGCCGUACAGUCGAUCACGGUUGUGCAUAACGAUCGUACUGUAAACAGGACCAGUUAA